AUGACAAUGAUGAAUGAUGAUGAUGAUGAUGACAAUGAUGAUAAUGAUGAUGUUGCUGAUGACGAUGAUAGUGGCGAAAGAGACAAAACGGCGAUGAAACAAAUUUUAUUUUCCACAAAUUCUUCGUUUUAUUCUAUAAUUGGCUUACCCUAA